UAUCUCCGCGUCGUGGGCCACACGCUCGGCCGGUGUCGGCUCGCAUACGCGUACACUCAGUCUGCUCAGUUGUGCUCGGGCCUCGUUUGCGUACGGAUGUCAGGUGGAUAGGAGCCGAGCGAAGAUCGCGUUCGGCGUGUGUGUGCACCUAUAGCGGAGACGGAGACGGUCUCGCGCGAGUACAUCGAGUUUUCAACGAACACACAUAUAUAUAUAUAUAUAUAUAUACAUAUAUAAAUACAAGUUACGUACAUCUACUACGCGCGUAUAUAGACGUGUGUAUGUGUGUGUGUUGUACCGCGCGGUUCACGUGUGAGCGAUAGCACUGGUUAACGGUAGCGCAUCUGACGUUGUCGCCCGCGACGAUACACAGUGUGCAUUGUAUAUCUGGUGACAUAUAGAUAGAAAUAUACAUAUACGUACAUAUACUCAGAUAUACACGCAUAAUAUAUAUUGCGUGCGGUGGACUUGAAAUCUCGUGAACUCGUGUGCUCCGGAUUAAUUCCGUUAGCCGUUAGCGCGCGCGGCUAACCCGCGAGAAGGGGCAACAGAAGCGAAGAGAAGAGAGACAUACGGGAGAGAAGCGCGCGGGGGCCAAAUAGCAGCGGUGGAUCGAGAGGAGUCGCCGUGAGCAGGAAGGAAGAACAAAGAACGGCGACGUGCCACUGCCAGGCCGCGGUGGAAGUGCGGGGGCCUACGUGCGCGAGGACCGUCUUUCGUUCCCCCCUCGUCUCUCUUUAGCUCGAUAACUCUCUCUAUUUCGCGCUCAAGCUCUCACUCUCACCGCGCUGCGACUACGUGCGAACAACGACAGCAACAACAGCAGCAGCAGUAGCAGCAGCAGCGGGAGUGUUUCGUUUCGUGGUCUCGAGACGCUAAAAUGAGAUUGGAGGAGGAUCUGGUAAUUCGUAGGACUCGACCCACAAUGAUUUCCGCCAAGUAUCGCGCCCGCGAGGAACGCCGCCGUCUGCUCAAGAUCUCUGCCGGCAAAUUGAGGAGAAUCGAGGAUCCCGAGGCAAGCUUGUGCCGAUCGGUGCUCAUAAAUAACGCGGUGCGACGGCUGCAACGUGAAAAUCGGGACGAGAAGACGCGGCAUUACGGUGCAUUUCCAAUAGUGUCAUCGUACAUGGACGAGACUAGCAAAGAGAACAGCAUCGCUGGCAACCUCAUUGCCGACGUGGACGAGGACGCGUCCUCCAGAAAAAGAUUGGCCGACGACUCGAGGAACGACGGACUCAGUUCCAAGCGGCAGAGGCACGACGAUCUCGAUCUGCAGGACGACGUAUUCAGCGAUUUUUACAUUUUGCCGCCGACGCCGCGCUUGCUCUCGCACAUCGACGAGAUUCAGCCGGAACCGGAAGCGUCGCAUCACAGCAACAAUCACCACCUGGGCUUCCCGGAGGACCGUCUGGGCGGCGGCGUGGUUGACGUGCGAUCAGACAGCGGCAUCAGCAACACAAACAACUCGUCUAAUACGACGACGACCAACGACAGUAACACAAGCUGCCACUCUGUGCUUUUCCCCGGGGAUCUCGAUGAUGCGAACGCACAGCUCUCGAGACCGGGCACCGACCUGAUGGAAGUGGCCGAUGUGGUCGAUCCCGAUCGGCUCUGCGACUUCGCCAGGUUCGCCGACUCGGCGAAAACGCUGGAGGAGCGAUUGGCCGAGCUGCAGUCGCUGGACGAGCAUUUUGACCUUACCAAGUUCGAGCGCAACAACAACCAGAGCUGCGGCCGCGCCUUCCAUGACAUACAGACCUUCCACAGCUUGGUGCCAGGUCUGGAAACCUAGACGGCAAUUGCAUUGUGUUCUAUGACGCCGCCGCUGGACGUAAACAGCGACGGAGGAGACGGGGGCGACAUAAACGACUUCGUGUCGUAGAGUCAUUCGACGCGAACAGAUGAACCUUAAAAGCGCGCGAUGCAGGUGUGUGUGUGUUAUAUCGUCGAGUCGAGUCGAGUGUCGACAGUGGCUGAUGCGAUGCCCAGCCCGUACCGGAGACCAUCCGUCUGUCUCCGAUGCCGCGGGCAAAACUCGCGAAAUGGACAAAGCGGACAUUAGAAAAGUGCUCGAAAGGAUUUACUACCGUGGGCAAACGGAUGGGCAAAAUUUGUCUCAGGCGCGCGCUGUUUAUUAACACUGAAAAAUCGCGGCAAUCAAAUGUCUCCAUGUGCAGAAAAGAGAAAACUUUCUUUUUUUCAAAUAAGAAAUUUUUUAAAUCAUUCUAAAGUUAAAAAAAAUUAUAGAAAAUUCAGAAAUAUUCGAGUCUCAUCAGUGAAAAAGCUGCAAAGAUUUCAGCGUUAAAAUGGGAUGAAAAUCUCAUCUGCGGUUCCAGUGUUAAUCACAUUUCAUGCAUUCGUUAUGCGUGCGUUAAUAACAAAGUAACGUGAACUACGAGUUAGAAUUGCAAUUGAAAGUUUCAUUUCAAUUUACCGUAAUUAUUUCUCAAUUCUAUUCACAUCCAUAAACUAAAUUUUAAAUUAUGUUUUGAAAUCUUGAAAUUUAUAAAAGUACAAAUUACAAGUUAUUAUAUAUUACAUAGAGGAGGAUGCGACUCGGAAUAACAUGUAAUAAACCAUCAUAAUAUAUGUAUGGUAUCUCGGUCGAAUCAUCGCCUACGAGCAUGACUCACGCUGGUAAUAAUCUACUUACGACAUUGAGUCAAUGUUCAACGCGUAGCCACGAGAUACCUAAUAAUACAGCGAACGCACACCGCUCUUUAAUCGGCCUUUCUAUUUAGCAAUAAGUAAAAAUAUUUUUCUUUAGUUCCAGUGGCACAUACGUCAUACAAAGACGCGACCAACAAUUACGCCGCGCAAGAAUAUAUCAACAGUUUGACUAAAUUAUUGCAUCAUUCACACAUUUGUUCAAUAUGCUACUUUGAAUGUUAUAUCGGGAAUAGAUAUUUACUGCUUGAUUUUUUUUAUACUGGCAUGCGUAAUUGCUGGCUUCACUCUUUGGAUGCCGCGCUUGAUCUAUUUAUACGUCGUCGGCAAUAUUAAAUCUAUUUAAAGUCGAUAGCAGAUAGACGACAGAUUUCAACUCACUUUACAUGCAAUCAUUCUCUUUCCUUAUAAUUAUUUCUUUUUUAUCGCAAUUAUUUCCUUCUCAGAUAGAAUAAUUAUAAUAAAUUUAGUUUUUUUAUGUAUAUAUAUAUAUAUUUAGUUCUAAUUCUAAUCUCUUGAAUCCGCCAUCGUUGACGCCGCUAAUGGCGAUUUCAUAUGCACGGCCAUGGUUCAAGUGUUCAUGUAUUCGCCAGCGUCCUCCGUGUUGUCCGCCCAACCUUGCCCGCGGCUAAAUCGCCGUCGAAGCACCUUGCAGCACCGAAGCGUUAUGGAGACACGUGCCUACGUACGGUACUCUGUCGACGGGGAAUUCAUCCGGCACCGAUGCGACCUUCGGCAUGACAGGCGCGUACACACGAAGCGCGAGUAUAUAUACGCAUUGUUUGUACAUAUACAGAUAGAUUUUUAAGAGCACGUUAAGAAUAUAGGAUGAAUUAUAUUGAGAAACAACAUGCCGGUAGAACUAUGAACGCGUGCGAAAAGCAGCUUUAGUCGCCGGCAAAGUCUGAAACUUUAAAAGCGUUUCGAACGUCGAACUCGGCGCGAAGUUUCUCGGUUUUGUUGCUUUAGACAUUGCUGAAGGUAAAUGCGAUGUCAUCGCGACCCUCUUUCGCCGCUGUUUUAUUGGGAGACGCACGAAACGCUUGUAAACACGUGUCUCUGACGUUUCAAAUCCCGUUAAACGAUCUUUCUGCGCGAUUUUAUAGUCUAGGAAUUAUAGAGCGGGAAGAGUCGCGCGGAAAAUCUACAAUUAUACGACUGUAGUUUUCACGGCAAAUGCAAAAGCGACUUCUUCCCCGCGAGCUGCGUUCGAGAGCAUUACUCUACAGCGAAUCCUUCCCGAUUAGCCAUAAAGGAAAUUUACUCCUUCGCAAUGCUCAUGUGGAAACAAAAAAAAUUUCAUAUUCUUAAUAAUAAUAUUAAUCUCGUCGCUUUGAGAUGUGAGCGAGAUGUUUUUCAAAGGCUAAUGCGGGGCGAUUCAGUCCAGAGAAUGUCCUCCGAACGUCAUUUUAUAUGCGCGACAGAAAGACACGCUACCGUGUAACGCCACGACAAGCCUUAGCUAUUGUACGUUAUUGUAUCAGUUUUUUGUUAAUGAUAUUUCUUUAUGUUCGAGAGGAGUAGACGCCGUAGCGAGCAAUAGCUAUACUCCCCUACUGGUGGUUUCCUCCUUUUAUGCUAUCAUUCUGUACAUAUACGUAUUAUCGAAUGAAACAAAAGAAAAUAUCACGGAAUUCGGUGUCUUCGGCAUUUUAUUGCGGAAUCAAAAUUCGAGCGUGGGAGGAAAACCCCGAUUUCCUAUAUUCCAUGAAUCGAUAAUGCCAAAUUUGCAUCCUCCGAGCAUUUUAGUGAAACAUAACGAACGCAAUUAUGCAUUAAUAAUUAUAAAUUAUUUUUCGAUCGCUGCACAAAUCAGUCGCGAUUGGUCACGAGAUUCUUCUCGUUUCCUUAGAACGUUUUAUUUGUUAGAGCAGGACUUUCGCGAUAAAUGCAAAGCUCCUAUUCGAGAAGCGACAAUCAAGUUUAAUAAAUGCAAGAACUUUGUUCACGCGUAAAAAUAUUUUAUUAUUUUAUUAUCAACACGAAUAGAUGAAUCAUCUUGAAUUUGAAAUCACGUUGUUAAUCUUGUUUUACUCUUGGCAUUUCUUGAAGUUUCUUCUUUAUUUUAUUCAAAUUAAACUCACCUAUGAUUUAACUAUAUGUUAAGAGAGUGUUUAUUACGUUACAAACAUUAUGUUGUACAUACUACAUAUCGUAUAUUGUUUGAAGAUAAUUAAAUCGUCAUGUCGAGCGGCCAAGUAUUUCUACGAGCUCUUCACGGAUUCUGUGUAGUGCAAUAUCUUCAUUCCUCUUGUAUUUGCGUUUCUCCGUGAUGGAUUUUUAUUGGCAAUUUCUAUAUUAUUUAGAAACUGCCGCGGUUCUAUAUUUGUUAAAUCACUUUUUGUUCGUCCCGUACGAAUGUGUACUAGUUACAUAUAUUUUUGCGUUACGUUCUCUAAUGUUACAAAAUUAUACAAACCAACGAACGUGGUACUAUAUGAAAUAUGUUUCCAAGUAAAUCAAUGUAUUCAAAAUGACGCGCAAAAAAAAUCCAACAGUUGCCCACAUUUACUGGUCCGUUGGCAUGCAAUUCUUUUUUUAAUUUAUUUAUCCCUCACAAAAGUGCUAAAAGGAAUUGGAUAAUGUUUCGGAAUGAUUUGUGUCUCCCAUAUACAUGUCGCUUCUGCCGUCGACUUAUAGAUAUCUUUUUAUUAAGUUCGGAGAAACUUCUGUAGAGGAAUUUUUCUGUUUCUCGGAUAAAGAACAACGCGUGUUAAAAUCCUUCCAGCGCAAAGUGGCGAUCGUCGAAAAAAUUGAAUUUAAAUUCCUUCAACGGUACUAUUUACAAAUUUUUUGAAGGUGUUGUGAACCUAUGUCGAUUAGGAAAUGAUUCGCGAAUUAAAUAAAUGUUUUCGCGACGUAGUACAACUAACGUUAAGCAUUGUUUUCGAUAAUAUUCUUAAUCGAAAAAAUUCUCGAUCGAAAGAGUUGGUGGAAACAAAAAAAAAAAGCAGAGGAAACACUAUGUGGGCUAAGACAAUUCCGUGGCAAACGUCUGGACGCAAAUGCACAGAUAGAUCCAAACUUCCUUCGAACGCCUGGGCCAGAAUUUUUCUGAGAACGAUGUGUGCGAUGCACGUAUGGGUGGCGGAAUCCACGUGUAUAUCCCUCCCGACGCUUGAUAUACGUCGCAAAAGAAACGGCUCAGCGCGUUUACUUGUAAAUAGUCGCCUUAGCACUAUUAAGAUAAUUAGCUAUGUAUAAAGUUUCAUACGUUGUUUAGGUUUUUAGUACUAGUUAUAUCCGAGAUCAGUUACCAAUUAUAUGAACAAAUUGCAAAUAAACUGCAGAAAAACAACAA